AUGCCGACCUCCUGGACUACUCUGGUGCUGCCCUCGCUCCUUUUUGGUGCUGGGGCAGUAGCGGUAGCAGAUCCCGCUACAGUUGCGGGAUCAUAUGCGGCCAAUGUAAAGGUGCUUCGUAACGGGAUCUACCCCCUCGAUGUCGUGGAUGAAAUCGAGGUAGCCACCAGGCCCAAGGUCGAGGCGUUCCUUGCCAAAAAGGUCGCCGCGGGAACAAACAACAACUGCACCUUGGCUAAUGCCGCUGUGAGAAGAGAGUGGAGCGAUCUCAGCGUUGCCGAGAGAGAAGAGUAUGUCAAAGCCGUGCAGUGCUUGAUGAAGCUCCCAGCACGGGCUCCGAAGGACAAGUUCCCGGGCGCUAUCAGCCGAUUCGAUGACUUCGUGGCCUACCAUAUGACGCACGCCAUGGAGCUGCACGACAACUAUCAUCUCUUCCCAGCCCACAAACACUUCGUCUGGGUCUAUGAAAAGGCACUUCGGGACGAGUGCGGAUACAAGGGCUACCAGCCUUACAUGAACUACGACCGAUACGCCCGUGACCCAAUCAACUCGCCCAUGUUCAACGGGAAUUCUUCGAGCAUGGGAGGCAACGGUGAGCCUGACCCUAACUACAAGGGCGUUGCCCAGCCCGGCCGGACUCCGAACAUCAUCGCCUCGGGCGGAGGAGGAGGUUGCGUGAAAUCCGGUCCAUUUUCAGACAUGGUUGUGAGCUUGGGGCCCACCUCGAUGGCCUCUUACCGGAAUCUCCCCAAGAACCCUCGCGCCGACGGCACCGGCGCGAAUCCACGCUGCCUUCGCCGCGACAUCAACCGCAACGCGGCCAUGGGCGCCACGGCCGACCACGCCUACAAGCUGCUGACACAGAGCAAGGACAUCAACACCUUCUACAACACCCUGCUGGGCAGCCCCGUGCCCAAGGGCGAUCCGUACCCAUGGGGGAUCCACACGGCAGGCCACUACAUCCACGCCGUCGACCCGGGCGGUGACGCGGCCACCUCCCCGGGCGACCCGGUCUUCUACUUCCACCACGGCGCACUCGACCGGCUGUGGUGGCUCUGGCAGAUGCAGGAUCCCGACAACCGGCUGAACGCCGUGCCCAUGGUCGGCAACGUCGGACAUGGCGGCCACGGCGGCAUGAAGGCUAAGCGCCAGGGACGCGUGACUGAUCCCACCAAGAUGCAGAUCGACCUGGCCUGGCUGACGGACAAGCCCAUCCCGCUGAUGGAGGCCCAUGACCAGCUUGGGUCGAAUGGCGGGCAGUAUUGCUAUAUUUAUAUUUGA